CUCUUAUUGUCCUUAUUUGUAGGCAUGUAACGACAUUAUACUAACAAUAAAUAAAAUUACAAUUGGUGUCUCAUCUGUCGACGACCGACGUGCUGUCAAUCCUGUCAAUAGCUUACUUGUCAAACUUGUCAAACGUUGCAGUAAAAAUGGCAGCGGUAACAUUUACAGGAGUCAGUUCACUGAAACAGCAAACUGGCUUCAUCGGAAUUGCUUACAUUCGCGCUGCUAAUUACAGCACUGAAAACAAAGCGUACAAUUUAGCUUCUCUAAAAAGGGGCACUGGAGGCCGAAGCAGUUUUAAUGGAAUUGUGGCGACAGUUUUUGGCUGUUCAGGAUUCAUUGGACGCUAUGUUUGUAACAGAUUGGGCAAAAUUGGAACCCAGUUAAUUCUACCAUACCGGGGAGACCCCUAUGAUGUGAUGCGUCUCAAAGUAUGUGGGGAUUUGGGACAAGUAUAUUUUCACCCAUAUAAUCUAAGAGAUGAAGAAUCCAUAGAGAAAGUAGUUCGUUACUCAAACGUCGUUAUUAAUUUGGUAGGACGUGAUUGGGAGACGAGGAAUUAUAACUUUGAAGAUGUGCAUGUGAAAGGUGCUGGUCUUUUAGCAAAAGUGGCUAAACAAGCGGGCGUCGAAAGAUUUAUUCACGUGUCUGCAUUGAAUGCUGCAGAGCAUCCUGAAUCAGUUAUUUUAAAAAAUGGUUCAAAGUUUUUGGCUAGUAAAUGGAGAGGAGAACAAGCAGUUUUAGAAGCAUUUCCUGAUGCCACAAUUUUCCGACCUGCAGAUGUGUAUGGGCAGGAAGACAGAUUCCUAAGGUAUUAUGCUCAUGUCUGGAGGCGUCAGGGCCAGUGGAUGCCAUUAUGGAAAAAGGGAGAAGAAACCAUCAAGCAACCAGUAUUCGUAUCUGAUUUAGCAGCCGGAAUAAUAGCUGCCAUUAAAGAUUCAGAUACUGCUGGAAAGACAUAUCAAGCUGUUGGCCCUAAACGUUACUAUUUGUCAGAAUUAGUGGACUGGUUCUACAGGUUAAUGCGAAAAAACAAAGAGUGGGGCUACUGGCGUUACGACAUGCGUUAUGAUCCCUUCUUCCAAAUGAGAGUUUCAAUGACGGAAUUGGCCCGUGUUAGUUGGCCACUGGGCAAUUUACACUGGGAUAAAGUAGAGAGGGAGCAUGUGACAGAUGCUGUUCGUAAUGAUAUUCCAACAUUGGAAGACCUAGGCAUUUGUUUAACUCCAAUGGAAGAUCAAGUACCGUGGGAACUGAAACCUUGGAUUUAUGACUUAUACCAAGGCCAUGAUGUAGAUGAACCAUAUACUGAACCCGCACCACCAAAAGUUGUGGCUUAAAUUUUUCUUGUAUAUAUUUGUGAGUUAAGUGAAAAAUUUGGACUUAAAUGUAUAUAAAUUAUUUGUUA